GAGAGAGGGAAUGAGCUGCUGCCCUGCAGGGACUCCACACACCCACAGGACCUGCAGCUGAACGAAGUUGAAGACAACUCAGGAGAUCUGUUGGAAAGAGAACGAUAGAGGAAAAUAUAUGAAUGUUGCCAUCUUUAGGACAGGCCCCAUGCUGCUCUGGACGGCUGUGCUGCUCUUUGUUCCCUGUGUUGGGAAAACUGUCUGGCUGUAUCUCCAAGCCUGGCCAAACCCUGUGUUUGAAGGAGAUGCCCUGACUCUGCGAUGUCAGGGAUUGAAGAAUACACCACUGUCUCAGGUGAAGUUCUACAGAGAUGGAAAAUUCCUUCAUUUCUCUAAGGAAAACCAGACUCUGUCCAUGGGAGCAGCAACAGUGCAGAGCCGUGGCCAGUACAGCUGCUCUGGGCAGGUGAUGUAUAUUCCGCAGUCAUUCACACAGACUUCAGAGACUGCCAUGGUUCAAGUCCAAGAGCUGUUCCCACCUCCUGUGCUGAAUGCCGUCCCCUCUCCUGAGCCCCGAGAGGGUAGCCUGGUGACCCUGAGAUGUCAGACAAAGCUGAACCCCCUGAGGUCAGCCUUGAGGCUCCUUUUCUCCUUCCACAAGGACGGCCACACCUUGCAGGACAGGGGCCCUCACCCAGAACUCUGCAUCCCAGGAGUCAACGAGAGAGACUCUGGGCUUUACUGGUGUGAGGUGGCCCCCGAGGGUGGCCAGGUCCAGAAGCAGAGCCCCCAGCUGGAGGUCAGAGUGCAGGCUCCUGUGUCCCGUCCUGUGCUUACUCUGCACCACGGGCCUGCUGACCCUGCUGUGGGGGACAUGGUGCAGCUCCUCUGUGAGGCACAGAGGGGCUCCCCUCCGAUCCUGUAUUCCUUCUACCUUGAUGAGAAGAUUGUGGGGAACCACUCAGCUCCCUCUGGUGGAACCACCUCCCUCCUCUUCCCAGUGAAGUCAGAGCAGGAUGCUGGGAACUACUCCUGCGAGGCUGAGAACAAUGUCUCCAGAGAGAGGAGUGAGCCCAAGAAGCUGUCUCUGAAGGGUUCUCAAGUCUUGUCCACUCCCACCAGCAGCAACUGGCUGGUUCCUUGGCUGCCUGUGAGCCUGCUUGGCCUGAUGGUCAUUGCUGCUACACUUCUGGUUUAUUUGAGAUCCUGGAGAAAAGCUGGGCCCCUUCCAUCCCAGAUACCACCCACAGCUCCAGGUGGAGAGCAGUGCCCACUAUAUGCCAAUGUGCAUCACCAGAAAGGGAAAGAUGAAGGUGUUGUCUACUCUGUGGUGCAUAGAACCUCAAAGAGGAGUGAAGCCAGGCCUGCUGAGUUCACCGGGGGGAGAAAGGACAGUUCUAUCAUCUAUGCAGAGGUGAGAUGCCUGCAGCCCAGUGAGGUUUCAUCCAAGGAGGUGAAUAUGAGAAGCAGGACUCUCCAAGAACCCCUUGGCGACUGUGAGGAGGUUCUCUGCUAGUGAUGGUGUUCUCCUAUCAACACACGCCCGCCCCCAGUCUCCAGUGCUCCUCAGGAGGACAGCAGGCUCCUCAACUCUUUCUGUGGGUCCUUCAGUUCCCAAGCCCAGCAUCACGGAGCC